GGUUCGUUUCUUUUUUGCUUGGACGGAACAUCCAACCGACGACGAGACGACUAGCUCCACGCACGGCUCUCAGCGCCCUGCCGUGGACGCGCGCUUGCUCCAAGUCCAACCCCCUCCAUCCAUCCACACCGAGCUAGCUAGAUCUCUCGCCAAUUCUUUACUCCACACCGCAGGCCGGCCGGCAGAUCUGCGCCUCCUGGGAACCUCCGUUUGCCCCGUCCAAAGAACCGAUUCUUUUCUUGCCGGCGGAGCUUGCUUCUCCGGUACUCCGCCCAGGAUGAUGGGUCCGGCGUGGUGCGCCGUGCUGGCGGUGCUGCUGGCCGCGGCGGGGCCGGCGGCGGGGAGGUUCGUGGUGGAGAAGAACAGCGUCAGCGUCACCUCGCCGGAGGCGCUCAAGGGCAAGUACGAGUGCGCCAUCGGCAACUUCGGGGUGCCGCAGUACGGGGGCACCCUGCAGGGGUGGGUCGUCUACCCCAAGAGCAACAAGGAUGCCUGCAAGGAGUUCGAGACCUCCUUCAAGUCGCACAAAUCCGGGGAGCGACCAAACUUCGUCCUCAUCGACCGCGGAGAGUGCUUUUUCACAACAAAGGCAUGGAACGCACAACUAGCUGGAGCUGCAGCGAUUCUUGUUGUCGAUAGCAAGGAUGAGCCUUUGAUCACAAUGGACAACCCAGAAGAUACAGGAACGAGUCACAUGGAAAACAUCACUAUUCCCUCGGUUCUUAUAACAAAGAAAUUGGGCGAGGACCUUAAGAAAUCUGCUGAGAAUGGUGAAAUGGUCAGUGUCCUCUUGGACUGGAGGGAAUCCCUUCCUCACCCUGAUGAGCGUGUAGAGUAUGAAUUUUGGACAAACAGUAAUGAUGAGUGUGGUCCUAAAUGUGAUAUGCAAAUGGACUUUGUGAAGAGCUUUAGAGGGACUGCACAAGUUCUCGAGCAGAAGGGUUACACCCAGUUCACUCCACAUUACAUCACAUGGUAUUGCCCAGAAGCUUUUGUCGUCAGCAAGCAAUGCAAAUCCCAGUGCAUCAACCAUGGGAGAUAUUGUGCACCGGACCCGGAGCAGGAUUUCAGCAAAGGAUAUGAUGGAAAAGAUGUCGUGGUUCAGAAUCUACAUCAAGUUUGUGUAUUCAAGGUUGCUAAUGACAGCGGCAAGCCGUGGUUGUGGUGGGAUUAUGUACAUGACUUUGCCAUUAGAUGCCCAAUGAAGGAGAAAAAGUAUACACAUGAAUGUGCAACUCAAGUUAUUAAGUCACUCGGAUUGGACCUUGGAAAGAUUGACAAGUGUAUUGGAGAUCCUGAAGCCGAUGAGGAAAACCCAAUUCUAAAGGCAGAACAGGAUGCCCAAAUUGGCCAUGGUAAACGAGGAGAUGUCACAAUACUGCCAACGCUUGUUGUCAACAACAGGCAAUACCGAGGUAAGUUGGACAAAGGUGCCGUGCUAAAAGCCAUCUGUUCCGGAUUUGAGGAGACAACUGAGCCCGCUAUUUGUUUGAGUGAUGACGUUCAAACAAAUGAGUGCUUGGAGAAUCAUGGAGGUUGCUGGUUUGACAAGGCUAAUAACGUCACCGCAUGCAAGGAUACCUUCCGUGGGCGUGUCUGUGAGUGCCCUAUUGUCAAAGGUGUCAAGUUUGCUGGUGAUGGAUAUACCAAUUGUGAAGCUUCCGGUAUUGGGAGGUGUGAGAUCAACAAUGGAGGAUGCUGGAAGGAUACUAAAGAUGGGAAGACAAUAUCUGCCUGCUCACAUGAAGAAUCGAAAGGUUGCAAAUGUCCGGUAGGUUUCACGGGAGAUGGUGUAAAAAGUUGUGAAGAUAUUGAUGAAUGCAAAGCGAAAAGCGCCUGUCAGUGCAGUGGCUGCAGCUGCCAAAAUACAUGGGGAAGCUAUGAAUGCAGCUGUGGUAAUACCAAUAUGUUAUACAUGAGAGAGCAAGAUACUUGUAUCAGCAAACAGGCUGCAUCCUCAGUUGGAUGGAGCUUUAUGUGGGUUAUUUUCUUUGGACUUGUUUUUGCCGGGGUCGGAGCAUACGCAGUGUAUAAAUACAGGCUAAGGAGUUACAUGGACUCGGAGAUCCGCGCCAUCAUGGCUCAGUACAUGCCUUUGGACAGCCAAGAAGGAGCAAACCAACAGCAUGUCGCACAUGCUGGUGAUGAUAUCUGAGAAUGGUGCUGCUUUUCCGGAGCAACAUACUAGGAGUGCGAUAUCUGAGAACGUCAGCUUUACAGAGGUCAAAGCAAAGAUACAGUUUGUACUAGGCGAGAAGAUUUGAUGUAAUGAUUCUAGGAGUUACUACAUUGUUGUGUGUUGUGCACCCCCCCCCCCCCCAUUUUCUGAUAGACGAUGAACAGUAUAGGCGUUAUCUUCACAGUUUACCCCCUUCGUCGGCUCUUGUCAUUCCACUCUCGCAGUUCAUACUGUAAAUACUUGUUGUCCAGACUACAGAAUUUCGCGUCCCCUCAUAUCUGAAUAAAUCUCGAGCCUACAGGUGGUAUAGCCCA